UGCAGCUUUCUGCUAUACCUUCUUUUAGCAGAAUCCAAGAUGAGCAUAAGUGACUUCCUUAGUCCUUCGGAUAUUGCUGCCGCACUCCAGGAUUGUCAAGCUCCAGAUAGUUUCAACCACAGAAAAUUCUUCCAGCUUAUUGGAAUGUCCAAAAAGAGCAGCAGCCAAAUCAAGGACAUUUUCCAAAUAUUAGACCACAAUCAAAGUGGAUUUAUUGAAGAACAGGAGUUAACAUACUUCCUCCAGAGAUUUGAUCCCGGGGCUCGCUUGUUAACAGCGACAGAAAUCGAAAAAUUUAUGGCGGCAGGAGACCACGAUGGAGAUGGGAAAGUUGGGACUGAAGAAUUCCAGGAGAUGGUGCAGUCCUAAAGGACCGGAAGUGGCGGAAGAACUUCUGCUACCCAGAAAAAGUUCUCUUGAAACUUUCAAAUCCCAGGAUCCUUUGUUAUGCUUUGCCUCCUAUUCAGUGGUGUGCUACACAUAGUCCUCAAGAUACGACCGUAAUGCCCAUUACAAUUGUGACAGUCGUCAAGUUAAAGCUUGACCGCAUACCCCUGCUCUAUCCCUGUGGUUGCUCAUAAGGAUGAAUGACCACUGUUGUAACUUUGAAACAGGGUCAUACGUCAUUUGGGACCCUCUGUUGUAAUGGUGAACAUGUCAAAUCACAAGGACUAGCUGUCCAAUUUCCAAAGGUUAAUUCUCUCAAGCUACCAAAUAAAGAUCAUUUCAAAGUCACUGUCUCUGUGGUACAACGGACAGAUGUCUCUCUUUGAAUAGGGACAUCUGUUUUCCAAGUCAGGAUGAAAACUCUGCCAUUUCAGAUAUCAAACACAAGGGGAGGUAGAGAAAAUAAAAACUAAGCCUGUUGACCCCAAGGUGGGCUGCCAGCAUUUCUUCUAUGGCUUCUAGACCUGGACAAAAGAUUUUGGAUGUACAGAUAAGACCUCGACUUACAACAGUUCCUUUAGUGAUCAUUCAAAG